AUGCGUUCCGUCCUACUUGCGUCGCUGGCUUCACUGUCUGCCAUUAGCGUCUAUGGCCACCCCCAACCCACAUGGCAAAGCCGAAGCACACUUGCUCGUCGUGCUGUUGACCUGGACUCUUACCGCUUGAAGCACGCCGCGUCGUACAAGAACACUGCUGAAGUUGUAGCUGAUCCUAAUAUCAACACACUUGCGAAGCGUGCUAGUGCCGAGGACGUUGCCACCGACCUGGUCAAGGCUACGAUCCCUGAUGCUGAGUUUCGUCUUGUCAAAGACUCUUAUGUUGGCGACAAUGGAGUAGCUCACUUCUACUUUAAGCAGACCGCCAACGGUCUUGAUAUUGACACAGCGGACUUCAAUGUCAAUGUCGGUCGUGACGGCAAUGUCUUUUCUUUCGGUAACUCGUUCUACAAGGGUGCUAUCCCAGCACCGCCAAGUCUGAGCAAACGAGACGGUGCCGCACCUGCCAACGCCCUCAAGUCAGCUGUCAACGUUCUUGGCCUUCCUGUUUCCGCUGAAUCAGCUGUUGCUGAGGCGAAGGAGGCUACUGAGACCUAUGCUAUCAAGCAGACCACUGGAUGUGUCAGUGAGCCUGAAGCACGUCUUGUCUACCUUGUGGACGAGGAGGGAAAGCUUGCUCUGACCUGGAGAAUCGAGACCGAUGUCAUGAGCAAUUGGCUUCUGACCUAUGUCGACGCAGAAGAUGGCGAGAAAGUGCAUGCCGUUGUCGAUUACUCUGCUGAUGCUACCUACAACGUCUACCCAUGGGGUAUCAACGACCCAUAUGACGGAGACCGUCAGCUCGUGGAAGAUGGAUUCUCUCCCAAAGCCAGUGAGUUCGGAUGGCACAACGAUGGCACUCAAACUUUCAAGACAACCCGUGGCAACAACGGUAUUGCCCACACCAACUGGGAGAACAAGAACAGCGGUUUCCUAGACCUUCCCCGUCCUGUCAGCGAGUCUCUGACCUUUGACUACCCAUUCUCGCUCAAUGACAGCGACUGGAAGGGCUACGCUAACGCCUCUGUCACCCAACUCUUCUAUACCUCCAACAAGUACCACGAUGUUCUGCACACACUGGGUUUCAAUGAGAAGGCCGGAAACUUUGAGAUCAACAACAACGGCGCUGGUGGUCUCGGCCAAGAUUUCGUCUACCUCAACGCCCAAGAUGGAUCAGGUGUAAACAACGCAAACUUCGCCACACCUCCUGAUGGCCAACCGGCACGCAUGCGCAUGUACAUUUGGAACACCACAACCCCUUUCCGUGACAGCAGCUUCGAUGCUGGUGUUGUCAUUCACGAAUACACGCACGGACUUUCCAACCGUCUGACCGGUGGACCUGCAAACGCUGGAUGUCUGUCUCUCCUGGAAUCUGGUGGUAUGGGAGAAGGCUGGAGCGAUUUCUACGCGACAGCUAUCCGUCUGAAGGCCGGCGACACACGCGCCACCGAAUACCCUAUGGGAGACUGGAUUAGUGGCCGUCCCCUUGGUAUCAGGAACUACUUGUACUCCACAGACCUGAACCAAAACCCCCAGGUAUACUCCGACGCAGACUCCUACGACAGGGUGCACCCCAUCGGUAACAUCUGGGCAUCUAUGCUCUACGAGGUCCUCUGGAACCUCAUCGACAAGCAUGGCAAGAACGACGACUGGCUGCCCAAGUUUGACGACAAUGGUGUGCCAACUGAUGGCAAGUACCUCGCUAUGAAGGUUGUCAUGGACGGUAUGGCACUCCAGCCUUGCAACCCUACUUUCGUGUCUGCUCGCGAUGCCAUUGUCGAUGCGGACAAGGCGCUCACAGGCGGUAAGAACUUGUGUGAGAUUUGGAGCGGAUUCGCUAAGAGAGGAUUGGGUGAGGGUGCGGUCUAUGCGCCCACAGGCAGGACGAACAGUUUCGAUCUUCCCGAGGGCGUUUGUGGAGGUGGAAACUCAACGACCAAGAUGCACAAGAGGCGUGUCAAGCCUAUUGAGCUGACUUACUAG